GAAUUUCCCAUCACAAUAAUAUCGCGCCAAUCGUCGCUGCUAUCACAUUUUACUGUGCGCCCAGCGGAUUGGGAUCCGCUUCCACCCACCCGAGCAAUUCCGAGCAACCAAUUCCACCAAGCCGCCACCCCCAAUCCCGAUCGAAAAGAAACCCUAGGCAGGCGGCUGGCCAAUUGGAGAUCCGAUGGCUCCUUCUCCGCCUCCUCCGCCGGCGGCGAGCGGCGCGCAGUACGCACACCAGUUCCUCAACACGGCGCUCUCCCAGCGGGGCCCCUCCGCGCUGCCCUACGCCGAGGACGUCAAGUGGCUGAUCCGUAACCACCUGGUGGCGCUGGCCGAGGCCUUCCCGUCCCUCCACCCCAAGGCCGCCCUCUUCACGCACAACGACGGCCGCGCCGCCCACCUCCUCCAGGCCGACGGCACCAUCCCCAUCCACCACACCGGCGCCUCCUACAACCUCCCCGCCGUCAUCUGGCUCCCCGAGCCAUACCCGCGCUCCCCGCCGCUCGUCUUCCUCUCCCCCACCCGCGACAUGGUCAUCAAGCCCCACCACCCACUCGUCGACCGCUCCGGCCUCGUCGCCAACGCCCCUUACCUCCGCUCAUGGGUCUUCCCCUCCUCCAACCUCGUCGACCUCGUCCGAUCCCUCUCCCACCUCUUCGGCCUCGACCCGCCCCUAUUCACCAGGAGUCCCCUUCCCCCCGCCGCCGCGCCACCUCCUAAUCCCCCUCCGCCACGGGUAGUCCCCACCCCCACCCAAUCCUCUUCCUCCUCCCCCUCCCCCUCCCCCUACAGGGUUGGUGGGUUCCCCGCCUCGCCCCAGCUCGCCACGCGCCGGCCUCCCGCCGAGGACCCCGCCGAGGUCUUCAAGCGCAACGCCAUCGCCAAGCUCGUCGACAUGGCCUACGCAGACGCCGCCGCCCUGCGCCCCGCCCGUGAGGCCGAGGUCGACGCCCUCUUCGCCGUCCAGGCAGAGCUGCGCCACAGGGGCGACCUCGUCGCCGAUGGAGUGCGCAGGAUGGGGGAGGAGAAGGAGGCGCUGGAGCGCCGCCUGCAGGACGUCAUGAUGGCCACCGACGUGAUAGAGGCCUGGGUCGUGGAGAACAGGAGAGGGGGCACCCAAACCACGGAUGACGCCAUCGAGCCUGCCGAUGUGCUGUCCAGGCAGAUGAUCGAGUGCACGGCGGCCGAUUUGGCACUGGAGGACACCAUCUACGCCCUCGACAAGGCUGUUCAGGAAGGCUCCGUGCCGUUUGAUGGCUACCUCAGGAGUGUGCGCGCUGUGGCACGCGAUCAGUUUUUCCAUCGUGCCCUAUCGGCCAAGGUGCACGGCGCACAGCAGCAAGCUAAGAUUGCUAGUAUGGCGGUGCGGGCACCACGGUAUGCAUCAUAGGGAUGACGGUCAGUAUACUUGCCUUCUCUACAACUGAUUUUGCCCAUCUCAAUUGUUAAGUGUCUGUGUAAAGUCUGUACUCUGUGCGCUUACUGCGUGGAGGAGAUAAUACAAUGUUUGCCUGUCACGAUUGCUCUAUAGGAGUGGAUGGAUAGGAAAGGAUCGUGUCAAUAAGAACUUUAGUUGGAAUUGCAUCACAGGAUGUCAUGUAUGGUUUUUGACCUUCCAAUUGCAAUACAUACUCCAUUUCUGUUCUUUACAUUA